UUAAAUUUUAAAAUGAUUUUUUCUAAAAAAAAAGUUUUCUUAUUUUUAAAGUAUUUGUUCAAUAACAAGAUUAUUUUCAUGUCAAUAUUAAUUCCAAUCGUAUAUUUACCUAUUCCAAUAUUAUAUCCCUCACAGUCAAUGAAAUGUGCAUAUGUUUCUAUAGUGACUGCAACUUAUUUGAUUACACAAGCAUUGCCAUUAGCUGUCGCCUCUCUUGUUCCACUUGUACUAUUUCCAAUCUUUAGCAUAAUGAGCCUUAAAGAUGUUUCUAGUCAUUACUUGAAAGAUCCCAUAAUGUUAUUUUUUGCGUCGCUCGUAAUAGCCCAAGCUAUCGAGACGGUUAACCUUCAUAGACGUUUAGCGUUGAAUUUACUCUACUUGUCAGGUUCAAAACCAAUAUGGUUAUUGCUAGGCUUUCUUGGCACUACCUUUUUUAUUUCCAUGUGGAUAAAUAACACAGCCACGUCCGCCCUUAUGACUCCCAUAGCAUGCGGCGUAAUGGAAGAAUUCAAGAGAAUUCACGCUUUGAUCGUGAAAGGUGCUGACAAAGUAGCAUUUAAAGGCGACCACCGAAAUUCUCAGCAGGGCAUCAAAGGCAGGGACUCGAUAGAAAAAAAUAAUCAACAGCCCAUGGAAAAUAUUGCGGCCUCUUCUCCUCUUGUGACAAAAGGCGGGUUAGAGAAUCGAACACCUAAUAACGGUUCUAUAUCUCUCCAGCUCCUACGGCCAAGUCCAAUGCAUUAUCGUCAUCCUCGAGGGCUAGAAACGACCACCGAUUCACACUUAAAUAUUGAAACGCUCAAUCCAAAAGAAAAUUCCGAAGAUUCAAGCACACGAUUUUCCUUCCGUUACCAAAUGGACGAGAGUCUCGUGCCGAUUAAUAAAGCUAUAUUCAUAGCCGUCGCAUACGCCGCCAAUUUGGGGGGAACGGCCUCUUUGACAGGGACCGGGCCUAAUUUGAUAAUGACGGGACUUAUGACGCAACUUUUUGGCGAAAAGGCUCAAGUCAGCUUUGAUAAAUGGUUAUUAUAUUCUUUCCCGGGUGCCUUCAUAAUUUUGAUUCUAAUGUGGAUAUUCUUGGGGAUGUAUUUUUUUGGAAUCAGGCAGACCUAUAGAGAGAUCUGCACCAACAAGAAGAACCAAGAUGCGUUUGAUGCUAGGCCCUACAUCAAAGUUCAGCUAAACAAUUUGGGGCGUAUGAAGGACCAGGAAAUUGCAGUUGCUUCGACGUUUGUACUUCUUAUAUUCAUAUGGGUCCUCAAAAAACCGAGAUUCAUACCAGGAUGGCAAAGCUUCUUCAAAGACGAUUACGUGAAUGACACAACUCCAGCUUUAAUACUCGCUAUAUUGUAUUUCAUCAUGCCUACCGAUUUUUCCACUCUAAAAUUGAAUCUAAACAGAGACGAAGAAAAAGAACCAAAUUAUAUCCCUUACAAACCGAUACUCACGUGGGAAAGAGUUCAAGUGAGGUUGUUGUGGGACAUCAUAUUUUUGUUUGGUGGUGGGAUGGCCAUAGCAGCGGGAUUCAAAGCUUCGGGACUGUCUCAAACCUUAGUGGAUUCCUUUGGCGUAUUCAAAAACUAUAAUCCCAUAUUGAUAGUCCUAAUCUUCAUUAUUUUUACCUCGUUUAUAACCGAACUUCUUAGCAAUAUUUCAACGGCUUCCAUAUUGGUUCCCCUUAUGUCGGAAAUGGCCGUUAGCCUCAAAGUUCAUCCACAUUAUUUUGUAUUUCCUGUCACUUUGGCAUCCUCCUAUUCGUUUAUGCUUCCAAUUGCGACCGGGCCUAACGCCAUUGUUUUCACGGCCGGAAAUUUGUCAUUUUGGGAUAUGUUAAAGCCCGGAUUCGUAGUGAAUUUUAUUGGGAUUCUAGUUAGCUUCUGUUCUAUCAAUUCCUACGCCAAAUUAGUUCUCGGAACAGACAAAUAUCCAGAUUGGGCUAUCAGAAGUGUUUCCAACAAGACAAUCAUUCAAUAAACCAUCGAAUUUUAUAAAAAAUAAUUUCUCUUAAAUAUAACAAAAUUAGAACUAAAGUAUUAGUAUAUAUGUCGUAUAGAGAUAUGGAAUCCUUGAGGAUUUAGAAUUUCUCCAUUAUUGAUUGCGAUUUUGUAAAUUUUGAAAGAUCUAAUUUGAUCCGAAAUAUAUUCCGGCAUGUUUAAAGUACUUAGCAACCCUGUGUAUUUCAAACAAUUUUGGCGUGAAAAAUUAAUAUUGAUUAGGAAAUGGUUUCCAAACUCAUGCUGAUAUUUCCGGUCAAAUCGCGUUUUUCAAAUUUUAAAAAUGACCUACAAAAAAUGAUCUCAAAUUGAGAGAUUCAGGAUCUUCUCAAUACGACAUAUAUAAUUAAAAUAGCCAGUAUUAAAUAUUUAAUUCACUAAUGCAUAAAUUUUUUAAUUAAUGCCACAAGGACAAUUAGUCACAUUUUAAAAAAAAAUGCAAUUUACUUUUUAAAUGAUAUUUUAAAUUAUUAUAAUAAAUAUUAUAUCGCCAGUUUUUUGUUUUAUUAUAUAGGAAAUCGAUUGCAAAUUUUUUAAAAUUAUAUAUAAAAUUUAUUUGUUGAAAAUUAAAAUAAGUUAUAAAAUGACAUUGCGAUGCAUUCACGUGACUUACUCUAGCCAAUGAAAUUAUUUAAACACCUGUUAUUGUACAAUAGGGUGAUACGAUAAUUUUAUAUUAUUCUUAAAUAUUUAAAACGUUAAUUAAUGUCAAGAAAUAAAUAAACGAAUUUUUUUUUGAUAAACCUUAAA